UUCUUUUUUACACCGGAAAUUAGGAUACGUCACCAUGUCAAGAGAAAAUCUAAAAUCUGGCUAAAAUUGACGUGGCAGACAACUAAAAUACGUUUGAUACCAAACAAAGAACGUCAAAAAGAGAAAGGGGACACGACACAGCCAAAUUUGUGAUUAGCUACAUUCCCUUGAUUCUUUUCAAAGCUUAUUGAAUCAUGGGAUUGACGAUUUCAAACGUAUUUAACCGUCUCUUCGGUAAAAAACAAAUGAGAAUAUUGAUGGUUGGAUUGGAUGCUGCAGGAAAAACAACCAUUUUGUAUAAAUUAAAGCUUGGAGAAAUUGUGACAACAAUUCCAACUAUAGGAUUCAAUGUUGAAACAGUAGAGUACAAAAACAUAAGUUUCACUGUGUGGGAUGUUGGUGGUCAGGAUAAAAUAAGACCUUUGUGGAGACAUUAUUUCCAAAACACACAGGGUCUUAUAUUUGUGGUGGAUAGUAAUGAUAGAGAAAGAGCUGAAGAAGCACAGGAAGAACUUUGUAAAAUGUUGCAAGAAGACGAGUUAAGAGAAGCAGCAUUACUGGUAUUUGCUAAUAAGCAAGAUUUACCGAAUGCUAUGACAGCAGCUGAAAUUACAGACAAAUUAAAGUUAAAUACAUUUAGAGGCAGAACAUGGUAUAUCCAGGGAACAUGUGCAACACAAGGAACAGGACUUUAUGAAGGACUAGAUUGGCUAUCAGGCGAACUAUCAAAAAGAUGAAUAAGACAAUUAUUUUUUUUUAUCUGUACAUAUUUAUGUGAAUGUUGGGUCCAUGUUGACUGGUUGAAAACUGAUUUAACAGUAAUGAAAAAUAACAUUAUAAAUUUUGUUCCUAUUGUUUAUAACAUUACAGCCUUUUUAGCUUGUCUGGCCUAGAAGGUCGAAGGAAACAGAAUAUAAUUUGUCAGCCAAAAUC